AUGGAAAUCAUCGAUGGUCUACUAUUUAUGAAAAGACCUGAAAAUCCAAAGCAGAUAACUGAAAGAAAGAAAGUUGAUUUGGAGAAUGGCGAGCAUAAUUAUUCAAAGAACUCUGAAAAGACGUUGAGAAAAGAAGAAGAUGCAACGAGUUUUCCGUCAAAAUUACUUAAGCAUCAAUCUCAGUUAGAGAGUCGUCUACUCACUCGUGAAGAUCUGAUUAAUUUAGACAAAAUUGAACCUCGUUGGAGAUAUAUUCGAAUAGGAUUAUUAAUUGGAUUUGGGAUUAUAUUUUUUGGUCUUUUAGCAGCAUGUAUUGUUUACAUAAUUGUUGGAGAAAAAUGUCCAUCUGUGCCCAAAUUACCAUUUUGGAAAUCAACAGUUGGUUACUGGUUAGAUGUGUUUGCAUUUAAAGACUCUUCUGGCGAUUUAGUCGGAGAUCUAAACGGUCUCACAUCUGAAGUAGAUUACAUCAAAACUGUAGUCGGUGCAGGAUAUGUGAUAUUGGGUCCCAUUACUAAAGGAUUUUACACUAAUUCAUACAAUAUGCUCGGAUUAGUGGAAGAUUAUGAACAGUUAGAUGAGGCAGUCGGCACAAUGGAUGAUUUUCGUGUUCUUUUAAAAAAAUUUCACAAAAACGGUAUAAAGGUGGUCCUGACUUUCAACUUCAAUGCCAUUUCCAUCAAUCAUAAAUGGAUCACAGAGAACAAAGUCAAACUGAAUUCGUUUGAAAAUUCUCUUAAUAAUAAAAUGUCACGAUACGGAAAAGCGAUCAAUGUAGAUAUCGGUGAUCAGAAGUUUUAUUCUGUAUUUGGAUCACCGAAUGUAGAUCUAGAUUUAACUUCUGCCAAAACUCAGAAAGCAAUAUUUGAUGCGAUCCACUUUUGGAUGAAAGAAGGAAUAGAUGGAAUUCUCCUGGAUAAUGCUGCAUUUUUUGUUGAAGAAGAAGAAGAAGGGACACAAAGCAACCUCGGUUCAACAUGGUCGGAAAACUGUCCUAAUUCUCAAUUAUAUAGAAAUGGAAGUGUGAAAUUUGUUGAAAUUGUAAGAGAAGAAAUGAACAAGUGGAUUAAGGAAAGUGGAAAAGAAAAAUUAUUGGCUGUGAACUCUGGUGAUACAGGUUGUGGUGUGGGCGAUAAUCCAGAUCCAAUGUUGAUGUUCAGAGAUGUGGCUGAUUUAAUAAUCAGUCGUGAAUUGGUUUUCAAUAGGGGUAGAAGUGAAAUGCGAGAAUCAUUCGACAAAACAACCAUACAGAAAUAUUCUACAUAUUCAGACUCGGAUAAGGAGAAAUUAGGAUUGAUAGCAAGUACUUCAAAUAAUCCAACAGAUUCAGAUGUGAUUCAGCUUGCAUUAACAUUAUUAUUACCAGGACAACCAAUAAUUUAUUAUGGAACUGAGACGGGUAUCAAUAACAUGGAAUUAUCUUUUAUUCCGGAAAAGUUAUAUCCAAAAGGGAAACGUUACAAUAAUGAAGAGGCAUUUUGGUCUACACGAUCUCAUUUACCAAUGCCAUGGGAUUUCAAAGGGAGGAGAUUUUCAGCAACAAUAAAUGACUCUAGUUUUAGUGACUAUUUGGAUGGUUAUUCACAUAAGGAAACCGUUGAAGAAUCGUCGGAUCAUGUAGAAGCAUUUGCACGAAAGGCAAAAGGAUUUUCAACAUUCAUUGUGGUAAUAUUGAAGCAGUUAAUGGAGGAUUAUCUUUUGGAUCUCACUUCUAUUUGUUCAUCAGUUACACCGAAAAUGAUUUAUCCUUCACAUCCACAUUUACAAGUUGACAUUCCAUUAACAACUUCAAAAAUAUACAUUCCGAAAAGGGACAAUGCCAACUACAUCUUAGUAUUUCAUUGUAAUUGA